AUGAAUCUCGCAAUUCCGAAUCCCAACUCACACCAGCUCUCCUUCCUCAUCCAGAACUCCAGUUUCAUCGGAAACCGGAGAUUCGCCGACGGCAACCGUCUCCGUUUCCUCUCCGGGGGGAAACGACACUGUUCCCUCUCCGGAAAAAUCAAAGCGAAGACGAAGGAUCUCGUUCUGGGCAACCCCUCCGUCUCCGUGGAGAAAGGAAAAUACAGCUACGACGUCGAAUCGCUGAUUAACAAGCUGAGCAGCCUCCCACCUCGCGGCAGCAUCGCCAGAUGCCUCGACAUAUUCAAAAACAAGCUCUCGCUGAACGAUUUCGCGCUCGUCUUCAAAGAGUUCGCCGGCCGCGGCGAUUGGCAGAGGUCGCUCCGCCUCUUCAAGUAUAUGCAACGGCAGAUCUGGUGCAAGCCAAACGAGCACAUCUACACCAUCAUGAUCUCCUUGCUCGGCAGAGAAGCUCUUCUCGACAAAUGCCUCGAGAUAUUCGACGAAAUGCCAAGCCAAGGCGUGGCACGAAGCGUCUUCUCCUACACGGCUCUGAUCAACGCCUAUGGCCGAAACGGACGGUACGAAACUUCCCUCGAGCUUCUUGAUAGGAUGAAGAACGAAAAAAUCUCACCUAAUAUCUUGACUUACAACACGGUGAUCAAUGCCUGUGCUAGAGGCGGCUUAGAUUGGGAAGGUUUAUUAGGCUUGUUUGCAGAGAUGAGGCAUGAGGGGAUACAACCUGAUAUUGUGACUUACAACACACUGCUUAGCGCUUGUGCCAUUAGAGGUUUAGGUGAUGAGGCUGAAAUGGUGUUUAGGACUAUGAACGAUGGUGGGAUAGUUCCGGAUUUAACCACAUAUAGUCAUCUCGUUGAGACGUUUGGGAAGCUGCGCCGGUUAGAGAAAGUUUCUGAUCUCUUAGGUGAGAUGGCUUCCGGGGGGAGUUUGCCGGAUAUUACUUCUUAUAACGUGUUGUUAGAGGCGUAUGCGAAGUCCGGGUCUAUUAAGGAAGCUAUGGGGGUUUUCCAUCAGAUGCAGGCUGCAGGGUGUACGCCGAACGCGAAUACGUAUAGUGUUUUGCUGAAUUUGUUUGGACAGAGUGGGAGGUACGAUGACGUUCGGCAGCUUUUUCUUGAGAUGAAAUCGAGCAAUACGGAUCCUGAUGCUGCCACGUACAAUAUCUUGAUUGAGGUUUUUGGGGAAGGAGGGUAUUUUAAGGAGGUGGUGACUUUGUUCCAUGACAUGGUGGAGGAGGAUAUUGAGCCUGACAUGGAGACAUACGAGGGGAUAAUAUUUGCUUGCGGGAAAGGAGGGCUUCAUGAAGAUGCUAGGAAGAUUUUGCAUUAUAUGACAGGUAAGGAUAUUGUGCCGAGCUCCAAGGCGUACACUGGGGCUAUUGAAGCGUUUGGGCAGGCUGCUUUGUAUGAAGAAGCGCUUGUUGCGUUUAACACCAUGCAUGAAGUGGGAAGCAAUCCUAGUGUUGAAACGUACCACUCGCUGUUGUAUUCUUUUGCGAGGGGAGGACUUUUUAAGGAGUCUGAGGUGAUUUUGUCUAGGUUGGUGGAUUCUGGUAUUCCUAGGAACAGAGAUACGUUCAACGCGCAGAUAGAAGCGUACAAGCAAGGAGGGAGAUUUGAAGAGGCUGUGAAGACGUAUGUGGAUAUGGAGAAGUCGAGAUGUGAUCCUGAUGAAAGGACGCUUGAGGCUGUUUUGAGUGUGUAUUCUUGUGCACGGCUUGUUGAUGAGUGUGUGGAGCAGUUUGAGGAGAUGAAAGCUUCUGAUAUAUUGCCCAGUAUCAUGUGCUACUGUAUGAUGCUUUCUGUUUAUGGAAAAACAGAGAGGUGGGACGAUGUGAAUGAGUUACUGGAGGAGAUGCUUUCGAAUAGAGUAUCGAAUAUCCAUCAAGUGAUUGGGCAAAUGAUAAAGGGAGAUUAUGAUGAUGACUCAAACUGGCAGAUAGUGGAAUAUGUGUUAGACAAACUCAAUUCAGAAGGAUGUGGUUUGGGGAUAAGGUUUUACAAUGCACUUCUGGACGCUUUGUGGUGGCUGGGACAGAAAGAGCGAGCUGCGAGGGUACUCAACGAGGCAACAAAACGUGGGCUUUUCCCAGAGUUAUUCCGGAAAAACAAACUCGUUUGGUCUGUUGACUUGCAUAGGAUGUCUGAGGGUGGCAUGUACACAGCACUAUCGGUUUGGCUAAAUGAUAUGAGUGAUAUGCUUCUAAAGGGAGAGGAUCUUCCUCAACUUGCUGUUGUUGUUUCAGUUCGGGGACAACUGGAGAAAAGCUCUGCUGCAAGAGAAUCUCCGAUCGCAAAAGCUGCUUUCUCCUUCUUACAGGAUCAUGUCUCGUCGUCAUUUAGCUUCACGGGAUGGAACGGAGGUCGCAUCAUGUGCCAGCGAUCUCAGCUGAAGCAGUUACUGUCUACUAAAGAACCAACUUCAGAAGAGUCCCGGAAAAAAACCCUAGUCGCUUUAGCAAACUCGCCAGUUUUUACUGCUGGAACAAGAACUUCGACAAACAGUGACAGUGACUCUUCCCAGAGAAGAAGCAAGAUGAAAAAAGAACUAGCAGGAAGCACAGCUUAA